AUGAGUGAACAGCAGCGGCUAGUGUGGACGGGAACGCUCAAUUUGAGGAUAGAACUGGAUCCAGAGCUGGUUUUGACAGACCAAAAAGAACGUACAACGACGAUAUGUGUGAAUGUUCAAGUACCGAGAGACUCGUAUCUGGUGUUGUAUCUGCCGUUUAUCAUUCAGAAGCUGCAACCGCAACUUCGAGUGAAUGUCAAAGAUUUUUACCAAGGCUGGUGGUUUGAAAUGGAAAAUGUGUGUAUCCCAUGGAACUUCCCUAUAGGUGCACUUUACGAUUCGUUCACGGGUCUUAAUCCACAAAAUCGAGCUUCAGGGUCUCAAGAAAACAGCGUCAACGUGUGGAAACUGAUGCUACGUUAUGGGAAGCAACUUCCUCGGGGUUUCAUACCCAUACGAAACGGGAGCGAACAGAUCAGAGAACUGUGGAUGCACCAGUGGAAACAAGCCUGUUUCGUUAUGAAUGGGAAUUCAAAGCUAGUUAUGUCGUUUUCAAAACCCGAUACACUGUCGUUCUGGGAAAGCGUGCUUCGCAGGAGCUUCGCUGGCUUCACUGACAUCAGACAAAGAAUCCUGCCCUCAAAAAAUGAUGUGAAAUCUGUUCCUGUCAGAAUCCAUUUGGCACUCCCAGAAAUAAGACUGGUGGAACCGGUGUGCAAUGCCUACGACAAUACAAGAGAAGUGGAGUUGACUUUGAAGAAACUACUUUCCCGCGAGUUUCCCGAGUGGUUCGCACCCGAUGGGAACGCGCCUUAUCUUGCAGUGCCGGUAAUCCAAGGCAUAAUAGUACCCUUGGAUCUCCAAUUAUGGCUACUGUAUCAACAGCUGGCUAGCUUCGAUGGUUUUCUGCACAUCUCGCUUUGUCUCCUUGCGAAAACCGAUGACGAAGCUUAG